AUGUCGUCGUCGUCCUCUGCGCCGGCACCGGCCAGCGGCAGGGUGGAUCUGGACGGCGCGCCCGUGGCGCCGCUCACCAUCUGCAUGAUCGGCGCCGGCGGCUUCAUCGGCUCCCACCUCUGCGAGAAGCUGAUGGCCGAGACCCCCCACACCGUGCUCGCCGUCGACGUCUACUGCGACAAGAUCCGCCACCUCGUCGACCCGGCCCCGCCGCACCUCGCCGGACGCAUCUCCUUCCACCGCCUCAACAUCAAGAACGACUCACGACUCGAGGGCCUCAUCAAGAUGGCCGAUCUGACGAUAAACCUGGCGGCGAUCUGCACGCCGGCGGACUACAACACGCGGCCGCUCGACACCAUCUACAGCAACUUCAUCGACGCGCUCCCUGUGGUCAAGUACUGCUCGGAGAACAGCAAGCGUCUGAUCCACUUCUCCACGUGCGAGGUCUACGGCAAGACCGUCGGCAGCUUCCUCCCCAAGGAUCACCCCCUCCGCAAGGAACCUGAAUUUUUUGUGCUGACAGAAGAUGAGUCACCCUGCAUUUUUGGUCCAAUCGUGAAACAGAGAUGGUCCUACGCAUGCGCAAAGCAGCUUAUUGAGAGGCUCAUAUUUGCCGAAGGUGCAGAAAAUGACCUCGAAUUCACAAUUGUGAGGCCUUUCAAUUGGAUUGGACCAAGGAUGGACUUCAUUCCGGGCGUUGAUGGUCCCAGUGAGGGUGUUCCUCGGGUUUUGGCCUGCUUCAGUAACAAUCUCCUCCGCAGAGAACCCCUGAAGCUUGUUGAUGGCGGCGAGGUCCAGAGAACUUUUCUUUACAUCAAGGAUGCCAUUGAAGCUGUUGUUUUGAUGAUUGAAAACCCUGCUCAAGCCAACGGUCAUAUCUUCAAUGUUGGUAACCCCAACAAUGAAGUAACAGUUAGGGAAUUGGCUGAGAUGAUGACAGAGGUCUAUGCUAAUGUCUCAGGAGAGCCGCCACUGGAGGAACCUGUGAUUGACGUGAGUGCGCAACAGUUCUACGGUGAAGGGUAUGAUGACAGCGACAAGAGAAUCCCCAGCAUGACCCUGAUCAACAAGCAGCUAGGGUGGAACCCAAAGACCCCUCUCAAGGAUCUGCUGGAGACUACGUUGACCUACCAGCACAAGACGUACAAGGAGGCCGUCAAGACACAAAUGUCGCAGGCCUCAGCAUCGAGUUAGACAGCACACCCUGGUUCCGAUAUGGCUCGUGUAGAGCACAAGUAGCAGCGGCUGUGAUCUUUUGUGAGUCAGGAUACGCGUCCUAGUAAAAUCCUUUUUGCGCCUGUAGUUGCUCCCUGGACCCCUGUCGUAUCUAGAUUCAGCACCCGUGUAACCGGGCAAGGGGAUUGGUUAUCAUCAGCUAUACAUGUGUGGCAGAGUCGAUGUGUUCCAUUGUACUUUUUGGUUGCACCUCCCGUGCCAUUCUUUUCCUAGUGAGAGCUAUUCUUGUUGAGCAUAGAUGAUGUGGAAUUACGGUCUGGAAUGUCAUAUUGGUUUUGAGCUCA